CCAAGUACAGUUGCAGUAUUGAUUUUUGUGAAAAUGGCAGAAUUCAUAAUUAAUAUUUUUUUUAAAGCGGCCAAUGAACAUUUUUAGACUCCAACGCGGGUCGCGUCUGGUCCCGAUGGGUCUGGGAACUUUCUUAACCUCCUCUUCAACCUUCCCGAUCCUCCACCUCUAAACCAGAGACCUGGUCGGAGGCCCCAUACAAAACCCAAGUCUCUUCCUUUCACAAUCUUUUGAUUCCAUUUCAUAGAUUUGGCAAUUCUUCUGUUUCUGUUUCACCAAAUACUUUCUUCCAAAAUUCUUCUUUCGCUCCUCGGCAUCUCUGAAAAUCCUAUGAGCCUCGCGUUGGACUCUCAACUCACCCACCGCGUUUAAGGUCGCGGUCUAAGAUAUCCACUUUGAGGAGAAAUUCCUUUUGACCUUUCAUCACCUGUGAUCGAAAGGACAUCUAUCAUGAUCGACUCUUCACCAAGCAAGAUUAACGCUCAACCGACCUUGCCAGCAAUGGCGGGUACAAAGCGUCCUGCACCAACCUUACUUCCACCCUUUGAGCCACUUCCCUCAUCCUCACCUAGCCUACCAGGACGUAACACUAAGAGGAUUCGUACUUCCCCAUCUGCCUUCGAACCGGCUUAUAAGUAUCCCACUCCAAUUCCUACUUCCACAACAGGUAUCCUUUCAUCCUCACCUCCAGGGGUACACGCUCGGGCCGGUCUCCAUCGAAGUCGAUCCUCCAUUGAAAGAGCUCCUCUGUCAGCUGUGCCAACAAUCACUCUUUCCGAAGAUGGAGAGUCUCUUCUCAUGGGUAGAUCCAGCAACUCCUCACACUAUCAAUUAUCUGCCAAUCGUCUCAUCUCUCGUGUCCACAUCAAAGCUCGAUAUAUUGCUGCAACAGUCCCACUCGAGUCAAACAAAAUUGAGAUUAUCUGUUGUGGAUGGAAUGGAGUCAAAUUACAUUGUCAAGGUCGAACAUGGGAGUUAGCAAAGGGGGAUAGUUUUACCUCAGAAACGGAAAAUGCUGAGAUCAUGUUGGAUGUUCAAGAUGCAAGGGUCCUGGUUGCUUGGCCACAAGGUGAUCAUCUUGAUUCGGCUGCUCCAACAGAGGUUCCUUCGUGGAGCGAGGAUAGUUCUCCCAGGGGUAAGGUUACUGCCGUUACUGCUCAGGGUGACAUUAUCCAUUCCAGUCCAAUUCGUCGUGUUGAACGCCCUUCGUCCCCGGUAUCACCAACACCUGCUCGCCCGACCCUUUCGUCUGCCAACUUAGCCAACCUCUUUGCUGAUGAUGCAGAGAAGACCUUCAUUCAAGUAUAUGAAGAUAAAGCAGAGCCCGCUCUAGUUACUGAGUCUAAAGAUCCUGAAUCAGCAUACUCACCAACAGUUGCUGCAACAUCAUUCAAUGCAUCAUUCCCAGCUAGUCAAGAGAGUGAGUUGAGUGAGCCAGAUGAAGACCCUGAUGAAGAAAAUGAUCCAAUUGUCCACUCCUUUGGUCCUUUUGGUGCAAAUCUCUCCUCGAGAAUGGCCCAAUUCACAGCUGGCCAUCUCCAAGAAGCUCGUGGCCGUGAUGAACACAAGCCUAAGACAUCUCCUGAGAAACGAUCAAGCUCCAACUCUACUGAUGAGGGUGCUGUUACUCCUGUCAUUAACCAUGUAGCGAAUCAACUUGCCUAUUCUCGUCUUCAAUCCAUGCCAUUGUCAACUAUUCUCAGAAACCUCCCAUCCAAUCUUAGAGGUAUUAGUCCCUCAAAACAGGAAAACAAGGGCCUUACAAAGGAAGAUCUCCGAAAGAUGUUGAAUAGGACAUCGUUCAUAGGCGAAAUCCAUCGAGAGGGAAAAGACGCUGCGGGAAAGCCACUUGAGAGUGAAUAUUACUACAUCCCAGAUGAAGAUACCGAUCAGUCAAGGAAGGAGACAGUUCAGGAAGGAUUGAGGAAACCCAGUUUGAGGAACUGUAGAAAGCAACAUAAGGUAAGAUGCAUCCGGCCGUUGACCAUAUGUACGUAUAUCUAACUCCUCCGCAGCAAUAUUAUUGGAAGCGUCCACGAACUCCAUAAAUGUGCUGUAGUAAUAUGACUUCAGGUUUCGCUCAAGCUAAGAAUCGAAGUUCGUGAGUCGCGGAUGCUCCAUAGCUUCAACAUCGAUUCACCAAAUGUAAGAUAAACGACUUUCACGACGGUCGUAGCGGUAUAGUUGGGUAGCAUAACGACCAAAAAAACUGUUUGUAUACGAUGAUGGAUGGAUGAUAUCAGGCUAUUUCAGGUCCCUCAUACCCUUUUAUUUGCAUAGCGAGGCGUCAGUUAAUUAUUUCGUGCGUUGGUAUUCUGCUGGUUACAUAAAUUUCGAGGCGGCCCUAUUCGGUUCAGCACAUGGAGAGGUAAAAGUAACUUUUUCAGUCUCUCAGACGAGGUUGUCAUGUAGUAAAAACACAACGAAAAAGCAUUUAUGAAGUUCUUCCCAUUGUCGCAAGUGAAUGGCGCAGGUAGAGGAAGUACCAGCAGAAUGAUCUCUGAUGAGAUAUAAUGAAAUAUGAUGAUGUUGAUGUGGUAAUAUGGUUUGCGACAAUGAGUGAGAGAGGCACAAUAAA